GGAUUCAGUUGGCGAUGAUGCGCGCCAUGAAGAAGAUCUGCAGAGUGCUGCGGCACAUGAGGACGACGAGGACGCACCGCGACCUGGCCAGAGUCGACGCCAUGGAGAUGGUCACCGACAUCAUGGCCGACCGGUGGCCGGGCUCGCCCGUGGCCGCCAAGGGAUCGCGCGCAAGCAGCACCACGGUCGACUUCAACGACGUCGGCAGCGCUGUGCCGCAGGCCGCCUCGAGGAGGAGAAAGGCCAACAUCUUCAGGAAUUCUACGAUCAGCUUCUCUGUGAAGGCCCAGCCCGUGGUUGGCCGCCUGGAGAACCUGCAGAGCCAGGUGACGCUGCUGUCGAGCAAGCAGGAGCAGUUCGAGGAGAAGCUCGACGAAGUGGGCAGAACGCUGCGGAGUGUGCUCUCAACG